AAUGCGGCAGGCGAAAGUCACGUUGACUACAAAUUGGUUGUGUUAGUACCGCCAGAGAUCAUUAUGCUGGACAAGAACAAAAACAAGACCGUAACCGAGAACGAUGUCAUUCUGUUGAGUUGUCCAGCUACUGGGAAACCGGAGCCAACGAUUGAUUGGUACAAAGAUGGUGAACUGUUAACACAGCAAAACAUCACACGACGUNUCAUGACAAAUCACGCAAAAGCACUGUUUACUGACAUUAUUCCUUUUAAUCUUGUUGUUUUAGCUCCGCCGAGAAUCGAACGCGAAGGAGUACCAUCAGAAAUUGGUGGUAAAUCAAAGAGUACAGUGACGAUCAGCUGUCCUGCUUAUGGUCGUCCAAUGCCAACUGUAACAUGGCUGAAAGCAGGUCGCCCAUUGGACUACUCCCAAGAUGUUUAUCUAUCGGCGAACGGUAUGAAGCUACAUUUCUUAGAUCUAAAAAAGAUACAUGCUGAUCGGUAUACGUGCAUAGCGAGAAAUCCAGCGGGUGAAGACAAACGAGAUUUCUUAUUGAAACUUCUUGGUGAGUUUUCCAAUUCAAGUAUGCCGUAG